AUGUCGGUUAAGGGUGAUGCAGGUAAAGUCGUGCGCACAGAAAGUAAUAGGGAAAAACCAGAGAAAAAAGCGAUUGCUCGCGACACCGUUUCUUCGGUCAGUAGAACCGGCCAGUUGUUGCACGGUGACCCGAAGAACUUUAGCCGUAUCUAUCGGUACGAAGUCGAUACGGCCGUGAUGCACAAACAGCACAGGUUAGCUGCACGGACAAGCUUAGGUUCGGCUGAAGGUCAUGGACCGUUGUCAUAUCGGGUGGAUAUCGGUUCAGAGGUCCCUGCUGUCGGUUCGUCAUCGACUUCGUCCCAGUCUGCUGCUGUUCUUAACAAUGGGUGCUCAAAAAGCUUGGUCGAAAAUAAACAUGCAGUAGACGUGUCCUGUGAUGGUGCCAACGAGUGGCGUCUGAAAUAUGACCGACUGGUGGAUGAGCACGAACGGACGUUGGACGGCAUGAAGCGGCUUCGUGAGCAGGUCGACCUCCAGACAAAUGUAAACAGCGAGCUGAAGAAACUCCUGGUGGCGACGAUGGGCAGCGAACUGCAAGUGAAACUCGAGUGUCUCACCGAGGAGAAGGUGAAGCUUUCCGAACACCUCCUGAACUGCAAUCGGCAGCUGUCGGCCGAUCGUGAGGCGAAGGACAGCCUGUCCAUCCAGUCGGACGUGUGGCGGACAAAGUUUCUGGCCAGCUGUACAAUCAUCGAAGAAAUAGCCGCAUGCUAUUCGCGACUGCUUAGCGUUAUUGACGAAUCGAAGAAGACACUGCGCACCUUACUAGACGAUCAUGCCGUUUAUCGACGCCGUCUGUUGGAAGCAGUGACGUAA